AUUGCAGCUGUGUUCAUGACAUUUGAGUUUUUGACAAGACAGCACGAGAGAGAAAAAGGAAUUCUAGCCACAGCGUGCUUCUCCGAUUUUAGGCACGCUGACACUUUCUGAUCCUUACAUCAUGACGAGAUAGAAGAGAAAAGACAUCUCAUAUCUAGACCUACGUUGAUGCGGGUUAAUGAGAAAGAACCCUUUAUCAAAGGUUGCACUAUUUAUAAAUUUUACAUCCUCCUUCAUUGUGUAACUUGAUGUUUUUUGUCUACUUUCUUUUUGGGCCGUGACUUGAUUCUUGUGCUGCUUUGAUCUUUUUCCAUAGAUGCUUUCUUGUGUACUAUGGUACUAGGGUUGUUUUCGGUUUUGCUCCGUUUUUCUUCGCUCUGGUAAGCAGGUUACCUAUCUACCGAGGAGACUGAUGAACGACAACACCGUUAUCAAACUACGCCUUUCUAUUCUGGAGAGAGCGUCGUUGAUGCGCAAGAACAAGGAAGCGAUCUCAUACACAACUAAGUGCUAUCUUGAAAACUCGCAAUCUACAAGCCUUGUCGAAAAACCAGAAAAAAAUGUUUCGUGAAGGAACAGCGUCGCCAGAGGGGCGUUCAGGUAUUCCUUCUUCGACUGCCGUUUUCGUCUGACAUUCCCGUUGUUCUUGCAGCUAUCGCAAUUGUUGCUUUGUGGAAAUACUAGGAUGACAGAAAAAAGAAAGUUUGAAUUUAGAAUUAAGUAGGCUGAUAACUCAUCUCUGCGUCCGCUCGCCUUAUUAUUUCAUCUGCUUACCCCUUUCACAGGUGGAGGUGGUCGUGCCCUUUUUCCAGAGAAGUAUAAGAAUUCACUUUCUGGCACCGGCGUCAUAAAUUGUUUUGUUGACCGGCCGUGCGGCAGGGCCGCUGCUCCAGCCCAGAUCAAAGGUUUCGGAAGCAAAUCACCAGGCGUACAGGCAAAGGAUGCGAAACGGUACAGCUACAUGCGUAUCAACAUUAGAUAUUACAGGGUAUGCGUAUACUUAAUCAUACGUAUAUGCGUACUCUGUGGCUAGAGGACAACUUCUCUCUGCGUUCACUAUAAUUGUCGAGUAUACUACUUUCUUCGGACUUCCUCUCGUCCAAUGUUGAGACAUUUUCGAACCACUGUUAGUUGAGAUUUUUUUGAAUUUUAUCAGGUUCGAAGCGGGACUUUCAACCGUGGGAAGAAAAUCCUUCCACACCCGAAGUAACCGGAACAUCGCCGAAAAAGCACCAUAUCGAUGGGCUGAACAACAAGAGGUUCUUUUUACUGGAGAAAUGAAUAUGUGCAGCACUUGUAGGAGAGCAUUUCAGCCCAUCAUGAUCCGAUAUCGAGAUAUGUACAGACCAUGAAAUGUUAUGUCGGAAUACAUCAAUUGUCAAAGUUAGAGCAAGUCUAGGAUGCAGCCUGGUUUACGAUUUGCCCUUCCCAUCUUCAGGCCUUAUCGGUACGACGAGAGCGCCCUCUGUCGUCGCGAUUGCACGUGCAGGAGCCAAAGCAUCAAUUCAAUCGGCUCGCAGAGGACCAUGCAAGGUAUUUUCCCUCUAAUCUAAAUGCGAAAAAUACGCUGCACAUCAACGAUUUCGAGUAAAUAUAUCAGUGUAGAUGAAGACAAAGAAAGAGUAAGUUCUUUUUUAUCUCAACGAAAUUCUGCUCAGUACUUCAAUCAAUUUAUCAUUUAGUUUCUCAUUAUCUGGUUCUCUCUCAGGUUUCAUCGUCCGGCUUCUCCGCGGCCUCUAGAACCUUCGAAUCUGACGCCAGCACCGCAAACAUUAGACGUCAAUAUGAGAUACUCCUCGAAGCGGGGUGCUGUGCAACCAACUGGAUCAGAUGUGACGCAAUGGGCAAAUGCAGAGCCGCCACGUGUAGGACAGAGGAAAACGAGCUAUGUAGUGGCAAGAGAUGGUACGUAAGUGUAUUUCAUAUUCAGGUCGGUAGAAAAUAUUUUUUCAAGUACCUACCUACAUCGAUGUUCAGAAUAUGAAGAAAGGUCAGUUGCACUUUAGGAACGAUGGUUCUAAUAUUCAUGCCGUUCUCAACAACAGGAACAAGCUCGUUUUGUUCUUAAUCUUAGUUUAUUCGAAGACUUGAAAUAAGCAAGUUACUGACUGAAGUAAGAGAGUCUUGACUACACUCGUCUUCUUUUCAGUAGUUAUAUGAAACGAAAAAGAGUACUCAUCCUCAAGAAAGUAAGUGGUUUGUUUAGGAAAUGAGCGUUGUUUUCUCGUCAGAUUCCCUCCAGGAACCUCGCGUUCCUCAAUCUGCGCGUGGUGUAGCGUCCAAAAUCACUCAUUUGGAGCCACCGGUGAGCCCAAUUCAGACUAAUGCGAAUGCCGACUGGAUAAUUCGAGACCCGAUUACUGGUAGUCACACCCGACAUGCACGCAGCAGUUCCAGUAAGCAUCGCAGUGCUUCUGCACAGCCUUCUUCGAUGCCAGGUCCUUCACCUGUUGGGACCCUGGAAGGAAAAGCAGAGGCUGACACUCGUUAAGGAAGUAGCUAUAACGCAAAGUAAAUGAAUUAAAAUUUAAAUGUAAAUGAUUCAUUACUUGAAGAGUGGAGACUACUAUGCUUCUGUACCGAAUGUUGAGGAUUCAAGUGAAAAACUAGAAGCGAGAAAUUGGUCUACCCACUCCACAGGGAGGUUGAACGAAGGUUAUUACAGGCAGCUCUAAACUCGGAAUGAAAUUUUCCAUACUAGCUCCUCUAGCGGGCGAGGGAAAGUAGGCACUUCAAGCUGGCAGCAGGGAGGCCAGAAUGUGGCGCGGGCGGUCGGUCGUGUAGAUGACGACGGGGUGGUGCUCAGUGUACGGCGAUCACGAAGUGCAAGCAGAGUCGGUCUUGGUGGCGCAGUUCCUUCAUCGUCGAUGAACUGCGUUGCAUCUUCCACUGCGGUACCUCGUACAACACAGGGUGGACCAAGGACAGGAGUGGCUGUCGAUGCACGGCAGGACGAAGUGGGAGCGCACCUUCACGAACAGCUAUCAAAGGAGUCGUCAGUGAGUGUAGCAACGCAGCCGCCAGCUGCUGGCGCAGUUCAUCAGGGUCCAUUUGCUAGUAAACGGAGCGUCGCACCAGCCGGGUCCAAAACGAGCAUCGGAGCAGCGUCCACUAGGGUCAGUUCAGCGGUUGACUUCGACGACCAUCUGAGUUCCGUGGGUGGCCGAGCUGCAACCACGCGCUCGAAGCGGGCUGGCGAAGAGGCGUCUUCGUUUUCGUCAACUAAUACGACACCACGAGGAGGAGCGGCCGGUGCGCGAAACGAGGUGACACCGCCGCUUAGGCGGCCGCAGCAGCCAUCUACAGUGGUGCCUCGUCUUGCUCACGAGGGACACCUUGUUGUUCAGACGGGUGCAACAGCAGUGAUGCCGUCAACCGGAGCGACGUCGACAAGAACCAGUGCUGGCGUAGAUGGGCGAUCCGCACUUCUGAAUCUGGCAGCCGUGCCACGAUUUCAGACGCCUGCACCUAGAAUAGGACUGCCGAUGCAGAUCCCAACGAGCAACGUCAGCACUGUAGUGGCUGCAGCCACGUCGUCCUCCAACAUCAGUGGAACAUCCGGUCAUGACCAGCAGCAGCUCUUCGCGACACCGAUGAGUCGGCCGCUCCCUUUUGGGAAACCUGUAGGGGUACUCAUGGGAAGCAAGAUAUUGGACCAAAGCAGAAGUGCAGCACAAGCACUUGCUACGAGCUCCAUCUCAGAGGACCGCAAUGCGGUAAGCACAUUAGACGCGGGCCAGUCGAUGUUGAACACCUCAACGGCGACGGUGGUAGGUCAGGCGAAUGUGCCUCAGCCUCUAGGCUCCUUAGGAGUGAUGCGCCAGUCACUUGGUGGUGUGGGUCCUCGGAGUGGCGUCAAUUACGUGAUAUCGUAUCCGACUCCGAGCAAUGGAAACAAUUACACAACUGGGUCCUCAACGAGUGCCCAGCAUCAUAUGGUCGUGACGCCCAGUGCAAGUGGACGUCGGGAUAUCACCCCUGUUGUACUCGACAAAACGAAACAACACCAGUGGGGUACGAAAAAUACGCCGACUGGGUCGACGACGACUGCGAGCGGCCGACGCGAACGUGUGAACUUCCAGUCGGCACGAAGUCCGCGCGGACACCUGCAGACGUCGCCAGGAGCAGGGUUGAACACGUCGCCGCGUGGGCAGUACUCGACGCCACUCAGAACAGGUGCGAUCACAAGGACGACGGUGUCUCAAGAACCGAGUCAGACCAGCCUCGGGCCUGCGUCGGCAAGAAAACACCGUGCUGACAGUCGGGAUUUUUCUACUGUGGCCUCGACAAACAGCACGACUCCAGGAAGUAAAACAAUGGUGGAGCAUAAUGGCAGAGCGCGGGUUUCAUCGGCCGCACCCCCAACAAACAAUGGAGGUGUCAGGAAGCUCUACUACAGCAGUGGAACCACCGCGAAUGGUGGCGCUGUCAACGCCGCAGGUCCUCGUACAUCAAGUACAGCUAAUCCGGCGCCACGAAGCGCCAGAACUAGUCGCGGUGUUGCUGGGAGUCAGGUACUGGGAGCAACACCAGGUAGUCGGUUCGCGAGGGCAGGAGACGUUCCAAGUUCUGCUCGCGGAGGACCUUCAGAGCGAUUGGAAAAUCUGAGUCGACCGAGACAAAGAGCAACGAGAGCUCGUACCAGCACGACCGGAGCAAACAAUUAUCCAAGAUUUGCGCCGCCAAGCAGACCUGUACGAGAAGUCAGAUAA